CCUCGCCCCCCCUCUCUCCCCCUCUUCACGCGCGCACAACGGCUCCACCACCGCUCGCCGCCUGCAUUUUAAAACGACGAAUCCAACCUUGAAGACAUUAUACCCCACCCCCAACCCACUCCAUCAAGCCUAUUCCACGAUUCCACAGUCACUUUGCUUCACCUUGCACCACCCUCAUCUUCCCCAUUCCCUCUAUCACCACAUCCCCAGCAAGCUGGCCCCAUGCCGACUGUCCACCCACUCCCCGUCAACCCCACAACUGGACAGCAACCGCUGGCAUCCCUCCGCAGCGCAUUCGGCGGCAACGGAACACCAGUCGCGUCAAGCAGCUCUGGAAGCGGCGGCGUCAACCGCGAAACACUCAAGCAGCUUCAAGAUGUCGCAUGGAGUGAUGACGAGGAUGACCCAGACUGCAUGGUCUGCGCCGAGACCCUCGACCUCUCUGAUCAGAACUUCAAGCCAUGCCAGUGUGGCCUGCCGAUCUGCCAGUUCUGUUACCACAAGUUGCUUCGAGACGACCCACGAUGCCCUGGCUGUCGCACGACGUACGACAAGUCUGCCGUCGUAUACACGCCGGUUGAUUUGGACGAAGUCCGACGGGUCAAAGAGAAGAAGGCCAAACGAGCAAAGGUCACCAAGCAGCUCGAAACCAUGGGCCGGCGACACUUUCUCGACACGCGCAUCGUCAUGAAGAACUCGGUCUACGUUGUCGGCAUGAAGAUUCCAGGAUCGGGCUCGCCGGAAGAAGCCGUGUCAAUCUUGCGCUCAAACGAGUACUUUGGACAGUACGGCAAGGUGGCGCGCCUGUUCCUUCGAGAUCGCGUCGGGUUGAACACUGUGACGCCAGGACCCGAGCCCGAUUCCCCAUCGACAAACACUGGCAUCUACAUUGUCUACGUUCGCCGAGAGGACGCGGCCAGGGCGAUUUCAUCACUCGACGGCAUUCCAGCACCGCAGGGACCUCCCGGACAAGUACUGCACGCGUCGUAUGGCGUCACGCGCUAUUGUGACGCCUUCCUGCGAGGCGCAAAGUGCGAUAACCCACAGUGUCAGAACCUUCACGAGUGGGGAGGCGAAGGCGACACGUUUAGCCGGAGCGAUCUCCAGGUGGCGCUGACCCGUCCCGCCGAGUACGACGCCAGGCAGAAGCAACAGCAGCUGCAGCCACCGCCACUCACGCAAAAGUCGGCGUGGCCCAAGCCCUCUUCAACGGAUGACGUCGACUCGUCGGCGCUGCCUCGGACUGCAAACUGGGGCAUGAAGGUGCCUGGGCGGUCGUCUGCGGGAAGCCCUGUCGCGCCUGUUGGCUCAUCUAGGCCUACCAAGAUUGCCAGCACGCUCAUUCCUUUGGGUCGCGGGUCGUCUGCCUUUCCACCACCCGCGCCGUCGCCAGCUCCUUCCGCUCCGUCCAAAAAGGAGAGAAAGGAGAAGGCGCUCGGCAUGGUGCGUGGACGGAGUGGAAGCUCGAGUCAGGGGACAUCUGGAAGCGCCGCUUCGCCAAAGAAGAAGUCGUUCUCCUCGGCCCAGCUGCUCACUCAGGCCAAGGCGACGCCGACACCUGCAGUGGUUCCGCCAGUAGCUGCACCUGCACCUGCAGCCGCGCCGGCACCCACAGCGACAACGACACCCUCUCCCCCACCAGGCCUCUCUGCGCCACCGGGCAUCGCCGCGCCCCCUGGAAUCGCACCUCCUGGAAUUGCCCCCCCUCCUGGCCUCGCACCCGUUGCUGCUGUAGGCAAGGAGGUCUCGCCUGCACCCGAGCCCGAACCCCAGGCAGUGCCCGAAGCCGGCCCAUCGACCUACGCCUCGCCCCCGCCUCCCGUCCACGAGCCGCUCGUUCCAGAGUACCCUAUCCACUCGCCCUACCCCGACUUUGACGACGUGUUCCUGGAGCCCGACGCGCACGAGUGGGGCUUCGAGUUCUCGUUGGGCAUGGACGAGGAGGAUAUCCAGCGCAAGAUUGACGAGUCGCACAACCUCGGUGGCUUCGAGCCCAGUCCAUUCGACCCGUUGUACGAGGAGCUGCCCAAGCUUGGCAUUCCAUUGGUGUCGUUGAUGGCGAUUCCGCGAUACGAUCGACCUGGACCGCACGUGUACACUGGACCAUUCUCGCCUUUCGCGCCCUCAUCGCCAGAGGAGACGAGCUCGAUGCCAACGUCGUCGGAUGAGCCAUCAGGCACCGCGUCGUCGUCGUCGGCCGAUGCGGACCCAGCGCCACGAACGGCUUCGCGGUUCGAGUUUGCGCGCCGAGGCAGCAUGGCGUCUGCGCGUGGACAGAGCCCAUUCCGGUCACGGGACGAGUGGGGAGUGCGGGUUCCGAGCGCCAACGGGUUUGCUCAGCCAGACGACAUGGCGCGGGCCGCAGCGGCGGCAGCAGCAGCGGCUCACGGCUACCACCCUGCGCUCGCCCAGCUCAACUCGCACGUCGCGGCUGCGCAAGCGGCUGCGGCCUCCGAGUCGUGGUCUGGCGGCAACGGCGGCGACUACUCCAAUUCGCCCUACCGCUCCAAUGGCGGCGGCGGCGGAGGCGGCUUUGGACCUGGCGGCUUUAACGGUGGUGGCUACGACUCGCCUCAGCGUGAGAAUGUGCACUACUCGCCGGUGAGCGCUGGGCCUCAUGUGCCGCCUGGGUACGAGUCGUAUGCCAUGGGUGGACCUCAGUCUCCGCAGGUGUAUGGCGGCAUGGGUGGCUAUGUGCAGCAGAGACGGUUCUAGAGGCGUGGCGUUGGCGUGAUGGCGUGAUGGCGUGGUAUCGCGCGCAGUAUGCAGAUGUUUCGUGUGCAGAGAAGUCAAAGUGCAAG